AUGUCGAGUGUGAACAGUACCACCUCGCGAGGCAAGCUGACUGAAGAUGAGAAGAAGCGCACUCUCAAGAAACUCCAGAAAGAGGCGUACAAGGCCGUUCUAUGCGCCUACGAUGCAGAAAAUUCGAGACUCGGUGACUUAAAAAAUGUUUUGAAAAUAAAGAACAAGCCUGCAGAGAAAAAGCGGAAGAAGGCAUAUGAAGCUGUUAUCCUAGCAUUAAGGCUAGAUAAGACUCAGAGCCGUUCUUCCUCUCCCAAGUCUUUCACGGCUCACGAAGACAUCAUCGACUUCUUCUUCUCUGCUUAUCCUCAGCCUUCUUUGAUUCUUCCUCCUGAAGAGAAUGAGAAUGGGGAUGGGAAUGAGAAUGAGAAUGUUAAUGCUGAGAACGUCCAGAACGAAAACGAAGAUGAAGUUAUGAAAGACAAUGAAGAGAAGGAAGCGUUUGAUGUUAAGGAAUAUCUAAUAGAGGGGGAUAUCAAUGAUCCUGGAAAUUGGGAAAGAGUUGAUAAUAAAUUGAGAGAUUUUCUGGAAAAUACUGCUUAUCAGCUGGCAACUAAUGGAUACAAUGAUUGGAGAAAUAUUUCACAAACGCUUAAGGAACAUGAAAGAAGCCAUAAGCAUGUCAUUUGCAUGACUCAGUGGAUGGAUCUAGAAGUGAGAUUACGGACAAGUCAGACUAUUGAUAAGCAUAUCCAAGAAGAGAUUAACAAAGAAAAAAAGCAUUGGAGAGAUGUGUUGUUGAGGACAAUUGCAUUGGUAAAGGGUCUAGCUAAAAAGAAUAUAGCAUUUCGUGGACGCAGCGAGAAAAUUCAUGAGGAUGAUAAUGGAAAUUUUUUGGGUAUGAUGGAGGUAUUUGCAGAUUUUGAUCCUGUGAUCAAAGAACACUUUAGACGAAUUGAUAAACGUGAAAUCCGUUAUCAUUAUCUUAGUCACAGAAUUCAGGAUGAGUUGAUUAAGAUGAUUGGGACUGAGGUGAAAAAAAUGAUAUUGGAGAAGAUACAAUGUGCAAAGUAUUUUUCGGUUAUUCUUGAUACUACUCCUGAUUGUAGUAACCGGGAACAGAUGUCUCUAGUUAUCCGAUGUGUGGAUAUAUCUGACACCUCACCAAAGAUUCAAGAGUUUUUUUUGUCAUUCUUAGAGGUCAAAGAUAAAACCGGAGAAGGACUUUUUGAAACCCUUCAGGAUGUGCUCCUUAAUCUUGGAUUGAGUAUUGAUGACAUUCGAGGACAAGGUUAUGAUAUUUUCAGAGAUAUUGUGAAUGGUAUUACAGUUAAGCCAUUAUCACAAACUCGUUGGGAGAGCCGCAUUAAAAGCAUCAAAGCUAUACGAUUUCAAGCUCCUCAGAUUCGAGAUGCUUUGUUUCAUUUAGCAGAAAACAGUGACAAUCCAAAAACAAGAAGUGAAAUGGAAGUCGAACCUGUAUUCUCUGUCAAAGCAAAACGUCUUAGGAAAAGGAAACGACAUCAUGAUGAAGAGCCUGAGAUAAGUGGGGAAGAUGUGAUAUUAGCAGCAGAAGAAAAUUUCAGGAUCAACUACUUCAUCACAAUCGUGGAUCAAGGUUUGGUUUCUCUUGAGACAAGGUUUGAUCAACUUCAAAGUUAUGAAAAGACUUUUGGAUUUUUAUUUGACUUGAAGAAGCUGAUGUUAGCAAAUGAUGACAAGUUGAUGGCUUCUUGUCUUAACCUGGAAGCUUCUCUGAAACAUGGUAAUCAUUUUGAUAUUGAUGGUAAUGAUUUAUUUUUGGAGCUAAAGCUUUUAAAAGGAGCUUUACCAAAAGAGAUUAAGAAAGUAGUCGAGAUACUUGAUUAUUUGAAAAAGUUGGAAAGCUGUUAUCCAAAUACAUGGACUGCAUACCGUAUAAUGAUGACGAUUCCAGUUUCAGUUGCCUCAGCAGAAAGAAGUUUCUCAAAGCUAAAACUAAUAAAGUCUUAUCUACGGUCCUCUAUGUCACAAGAAAGAUUGAAUGGAUUGUCGAUAUUGUCGAUUGAAAGGAGAAUGGCUGAAAAACUUGACUAUACAUGCUUGAUGAAUGAGUUUGCAGGAAGGAAUGCAAGAAGAAUCAAAUUUCAAAAUUAA